AUGCAUCAAAGAUACUUCUUUAAUGCAUGCGAGGACCGAAAUAACAAACUGAAACAAGCCAGAAAACUCGUGGGGCUGCCGCCGCUGCUCCCGUUGGCAUGCGCGCGCACAUCCCCUUUCGGGGCCUCAACGACAGGCCAGGGACUCUUCGGUUCGCAGCAGCAACAGCAGCAGCAGCCUGCUGCUGGGGGGGGCCUCUUUGGUGCUCCAGCCCAAACGCAGCCCGCAGGGACCUCUUUAGGGACAGGUCUGUUUGGGCAGCAGCAGCCGAGCGGCGGGGGCCUCUUUGGGAGUUCUGUGGGUGCUGGAGGGGGCCUUUUCGGGCAGCAACAGCAGCAACAGCAGCAGCCGCAGCAGCAGCAAAACACAGGUUUCUUUGGAGCGGCCAACAGUGCUGCUGCUGGUGGGACUGGGGGCGGCUUGUUUGGAGGCACGAGUGCCUUUGGGCAGCAGCAGCAGCCGCAGCAGCAGCAAGGGGGCCUCUUCGGGAACACCACAGGCUUCGGGCAGCAGCAGCAGCCAGCAGCAGGAGGCGGCCUCUUUGGCAACAGCAACACGAAAUUCGGGCAGCCGCAGCAGCAGCAGAGCACUGGUCUCUUCGGCAGCACAACAGCAGCAACACCAGCAGCAGGGGGACUCUUUGGUGGCACCUCCACUGUGUUUGGGCAGCAGCAACAGUCCACUGGUCUCUUCGGCAGCAGCAACUCGACUGGUGGGUCGGGCCUCUUUGGGCAGCCGCAGCAGCAGCAGACCACUGGUCUCUUCGGCAACAGCAGCAGCAACACAGCGACAGGGGGGGGUCUCUUCGGCGUCUCCAGCAGCACAAAUGCACUGGGUCAGCCGGCGACUUCGUCUCCCUUUGGCGUCUCUUCCUUGGCUGCUCCGCAGCAGCAGCAGCAGCUGCAGCAGCAGCAGCAGCCCUUUCGCCCCUAUAGUGCUGAGGAUGGCUUGGUUAUGACGAUCUGCCAUGGGGCUUUAGAGAAGGUGGCCUUAGAAGAAAUUCGUUGGAAUUAUUAUCAGCAGCAAGGAGGCACUUUUGGUGCUGCUGCUGCACAGCCAGCAGCCUCAGGGGGCCUCUUUGGGGCCCCCGCUGCUGCUCAGGGCAUCGGCGGCGGAGGAGGCCUCUUCGGUAACAGCAGCAGCCUGCUGCAACAGCAGCAGCCAGCAGCAGCAGGCACGGGAGGAGGCUUAUUUGGGUCUACAGCAACAACGGGCAGCGCAAAUAAUGCCUUUGGCACUGGAGGGGGCCUUUUCGGUGCUUCGACAACACAGCAGCAGCAGCAGCCGCAGCAGCAGCAAGGGGGCUUGUUCGGAAGCACUGCAGCAGCAGCACCAGCUGGAGGGGGUCUCUUUGGCAAUAGCAGUCUUACUGCAGCAGCAAACACGGGGGGUGGCUUGUUCGGUAAGCCAGCAGCGACUACAGGUUCCUUCGGAGCAGCAAACAGUGGAGGGGGCCUCUUCGGCUCAUCACAAACCCCCAGCACCGGGGGGGGAUUGCUUGGCAGCAGCAGCAACUCAGGCGCUGCUGGAGGCGGUCUCUUUGGGCAGCAGCAGCAGCAGCAGCAGCAGCAGCCGAGCGGAGGCCUCUUUGGAGGCUUCGGAGCAGGAGCAACGGGCACAGCAAAUACAGGCCUCACUGGCGCGGGAGGGGGCCUCUUUGGCAGCAGCAGCACCACGCAGCAGCAGCAGCAGCCGCAGCAACAGCAGCAGACUGGAGGAGGCCUUCUGGGCGGUGGUUUGUUUGGGGCAAAGCCAGCAACAGCAGCAGCAGGGACAGGAGCUGCUGCUGGCACUGGCGGUUCUCUCGGUUUGUUUGGCAGCAGCAGCAACACCGGCAGCACCGGGGCAGGCGGCGGUCUGUUCGGGUCUCUGAGGCCAGCAGGUGCAGCAGGAGGGGGUGCCCUGGGCACAGCUGCAGCAGGAAGCGGCAGCAUCUUCGGUGGUGCUUCUGGUUUAGAUACAAACAACAACGCUGGGGCAGCAGGGGGCUCUCUCUUUGGGGCUCUCACCAAGCCCUCAACAACUGGAACAGGAGGAGGCCUCUUCGGCGGCUUGGGGUCUAGCAGCAGCAGCGGAGGCGGCCUCUUUGGCAGCAGCAGCAACAAUAACACGCAGCAGCAGCAGCAGCAGCAGCCAACGGGCUUAUUCGGACUCGGCAGCUUGGGGGGAACGACGCCGCAGCAGCAGCAGCAGCAGCAACAGCUGCUGCUCUCCCUCGCCGGCAGCUCGGGGGUCUCCGCUGGGGGCAGCAUGUUAGCUCUAGGGAGUAUCUUGGGGGCCCCACAGGUGACAGUGCAGAUUAUGCUCUCUGCAACAGGAGGAGGGGCCCCCCAGGUUUCCCAGGAGCCCGUUAGCAGCAUUGGAGACAGCUGUUUCUCAAAAGGCCUCCCUCUGCCUCCUCCGCAGCUGGGACAGAGAACAAGAAGGUACGGGGCUGCUGCUGCGGGGGGACUGCCGCUGCCGCUUACUGCAACAGCAGCAGCAGGACUCAGCGCCUCCUUCGCGCUCCCGCAGCAGCUGCUGUUCCAGCAACAGCAGACGCUGCAGGUACUUAGCGCAGCACCUGCAGACAGCACUAGCAGCAAACGGAAUGGCUGGCUCGCACAAACCAUCCACCGCUCUCUUGCUGCAGCGCAGCAACAGCAGCAGCAGCAGCGCCAGCAACUCCUACCCCUGUCCAUUCGGGACUACGAGAUGCUGCAGCAGCUGCAGGAUGAAGGCCCGGGCCCCGCUGCAUCCCCACAUAAUGGAGAGCAGCAGACACCGCAACCGUCGGAGAAACAACUUGCAGACCAGCAGCAGCAGGAUCUGCAGCAGGAGGAGGAGAUUCAGAAGCAGCGAGGAGGGGAUAUACUUGGGAGGGUGGCAGCAGCAGCAGCCGCAGCAGCAGCAGCAGCCGCUGCCGCGACAGAAGCGGCGUCUGUCCAUAGCUCGGGCGCGUCCAGCAGCAGCAGCAACAGCAACAGCAGCAGCAGCAGGGAGCCGGCUCCAGUGGAGUUGGUGCCAGUGUUGACGAACCCGCUGUACGAAUGCAGUCCCUCUGUCUCCUCUCUGCAGCAGAUGAGCGAAGCAGAAUUAAGUAGAGUUCAAGACUUCAGCAUCUCCAAGCCCGGAGUAGGCAGCAUUUUCUUUCCUGGGUACACUGACCUCCGCGGUAUUAACUUGGAUCUUGUCGUCUUUAUUGGCGACCUCGAGGUCAGUGUAUACGCCCAGGAGGCUCCUCCUGUUGGAGAGGGUUUGAAUAAGAGGGCUCGAAUAACUCUGUGCAACUGCAAACCCAAGUCCCUUGCUGCAGACACCGACGCAGCCAGCAGCAGCAGCAACAACAACAACAGCAGCAGCAGCAGCACGCUGCAGUUUGUGGAGAAGGUGAAACGCUACACGGAAAAGAUGGGGGCGAAAUUUUUAUCUUUAGAUUUAAACACCUGGGAGUGGCGCUUUGAAGUUGAGCACUUCUCUGUAUAUAAAUGGAUAGAUGAAGAUGAGACACAGCAACUUCCUGCAGCAGCAGCAGCAGCAGGAACAGCAGCUGCAGCAGCAGCAGCUGAAAAGGCAGAUGCUGUAGAAGCAGCAAAUGUAGCUGCCUUUGCUGCUGCUACUCCCGCUGGGGCACUCCCCGCAGAAGAAUUGUCGCUGCAUAUUCAAAGGGCCCGCAUCCUGCGCAACGCCCCGCAGACCCUCCUCGCUGCUGUUGCUCACCAGCAGCAGCAGCAGCAGCAGCAAGAGCAACAGGUAGGAGCUAUUGCUGGUGCUGUAAACGACGAUGAGGACAAGGACGGCCAGCAGCAGCAGCAGCAACAACAACAGCAGCAAGAGCAACAGCAGCAACGGCAAUCUGCAGGUGAGCCAGGGGUAGGUUCGGAGGUCGAGGAGCCUUUGCCCCUGCAAACAGCUGCAAAUGAGUUGUUGCCUCAGGAGAGUGCUGCGGUUGGCAGCAGCAGCAAACCUGCUGCUGCUGCUGCUCCUCCUCCUCGCCCGUGGCUUCGGCGGCCCCCCUUUCCUGUUCGCUGUGCUCCCGCCUUUGGCCCUGGCGGCCUUUGCGCACUACCCGUAUUUCGAGCCCCCCAGGAAGCUGCUGCUGGUGGUGCAGCAGCAGCAGCAGCUAGUGAUAGCUGCGGGGCGUACGAGUUGGCUGUGCUGCGACUGUCGCCUUUGCUGCCGCCUUCUCCGUCCCCUCACGGUUUUGUCAGGCCUCAGCCUUUCGCUAAGGAAGCUGCUGAAGCAAUUGCUGCUGCCGCUGCAGGUGCAGACCACAGCAGCAACAACAACAGCAGCAGCAGCAGCCUUCCUGCUACGUGUGGGGCGCCUUGGACAGCUGGAGAGGUGCCCAGGCCUCAGGUGGUUGAUGCUGCAGACGCACUGGGGGCAGAAGAGGCUGUAGAGAGAGCAGCAAGAAGUUUUGUUGCUGCCAGCAGCGAGGCAGGCAGCAGCAGCAGCAGCAAAGUGGCGACGACGAUGGAAGAAGAAGGCGUGCGGGUUGUCUGGGACUUGAAAGAAAAUGUGCGUCUGCAUCUCUUUGAGUCUGGGGUGUCUGUACACCGAGGCCUGGCAGCAGAUGCUGCUGCUGCAGCAGUAGGAGUUAUAACCGACGUGCUGCAGGAGGCAGAGACAGAGGCUGGCUCCUCCCAAGCGAGCUCGCUGCAGCUACGUUUGCAGCUGAUGCAGCAGGAGCAGCAGGUGCUGCAGCCAGAGGUUCCGGCUGCAAGUAUAAAGGACCGGCUGUUGCUCCGCGUGCUAGAGUUCUUGGAGCAGCAGAACAGUUAUUAUUCCGGCGGCGGCGACGCGGCAAUUUGGCCCCGCAGAUCUCCAUGGAUUGCAAGUGCUGCUGCUGAUGCUAAUGCUGCUGCUGAUGCUGCUGCUGCUGAAGCAGCAGAUGGAGAGGGAGAAUACCGCCGGUACUCCGAAGUAUCGUAUUUGUCUCCUUACAUGCUGCAGACGUGGCGGCUGCUUGUGGCGCUGCUGCUGGACCCCAGUGCUCAGCAACAGCAGCAGCUGCAGCACCUGCUGCAUGCAGGCCCUAACAAAGAUUUCAGUGCUUCGUUCGCUGCUGCUAUGGAGAGACAGCGGCAGCAGCGCGUUCUUCAAUGGCUAGCCGAUGAAGGCCGCCCUCUGCUGCUCAGCUUCCUGCGAAGGGCGCAUUUGGCGACACAAGCCCAGCAGCAGCAGCAGCAGCUGCAGCAGCUGCUGCUGCGCAACCGGGACCUCUUUCUGUCCUGUAAUGCAAAGGCCUUGCUGGAGGCGAUGGGGGCAGUGGGGGAGCUGCGGAGGUUUGCGGCGUUGCUGCACCUCCUCGCAAAUGGGCACGGUCUGGCCUCGGUGCAUCUGCUGCUGAAGGAGGGCGCCUUCUACCCGCAUACGGCAUUAGCCAUUGCUGCUCACAUGGAGCAGCCCCUGGGCUGUCAGUUGCUUUAUGCCGACGCCCUACAAGCUUCCGCGCUGCCCCAGCCUCCACGUGAAGUUCGUCGGGUGUACAGACUGCUUGGCGGCGCUCCGCCUCCUGCUGCUGCUGUUUCUGGUGCUGCGCCUGCUGCUGCUGCUUCUGCUGGUGGCCGUCCGCAUGGGCCGGCUGUGAACAAGCUGCGCUGUUCGCAAGUGGAGACCCAAGAUGGCGUGGGCAGAGAACCAGCAACAGCACCAUCUGCAGCAGCAGCAGCAGAGGCAACAGAGGCAGCAGCAGUAGCAGGAGGGCAGGGCCCUCGGGUUGCUGACGCAGCCUCAGCCGCAGCGUGUGCUGCACUAUGGGCAGCAGAUGCUCCUUUCCUAGACUGGCGAGCUGAGCUGGCAGCAGCGCUGCUGUUUGAACAAGAGACAGGCGUCUUGGUGUCUCCUGUUCUCCUUAGGGAGGAGCUGCGGCCCCCUCCUCAAGCACCUGACGCCCCCAGAGACCUCAAAAGGGCGCUGCUGUUCUUGGGGAGGUUUGGCCGCGGGCAAAGGUGCAGCUGCAGCAGCUGCUGGGGGUCAGCGCCGCUGCCGCUGUACGUUCACCAGCAGCGGGAGGCGCAGUUUCUGCUGCAAGCCCUCAAGACGAUGCAGCAGCAGCAGCAGCAGCAGCAGCAGCAGCAGCACUGCCAGCAGCUGCUGAGCGAGGAGCAGUUUGACAUGCAGUUUGCUCUCCUCAGACAGCAUGCGGGUCUCUCUGUCCCUUCUCUGGAGGCAAUCAGCAGCUGGCGCUGCUGCCCCUUUCCUCUCGACUCGCAGCUGCCGUGGCUGGCGGGGCUUGUGCUGUGCAUGCACUACGCAACAGAAGCAGCAAAACUUCAGAAACAGCAGCAGCAGCACAUGCAGCAGCAGCAGCAGCAGCAGCUGGCGUGGCUGCCGGACAGGGAGUGUGUCGCUGCGAUGCCGCGCAGCGCGCAGCCUGUGAUCCGCCGGUUGCUGCAGCAGCAGCAGAAGCUGUCUGUUGCUUUUGCAGAGCAGCUGGAGUUCUCGGGCUUGUGGCCGGUUGCAUGCGCUGUGCUGCUGCUCAGCCCAGACAGAGACGCAGGAGUGGUUGCAGCACGUGCACUCGUUGACAAGUACGGCAGGGAGUUGAGUGCUGAGGUGCCUGUACACCGGAGGCUUUGGGCUGCUCAGCUGCUGCAGCAGCAGCUGGGUGUCCCCCGUUCUUGGCUGCAGCGGACCCAUGCAAAUCUCCUGCAGUCAAAAGGGAGACACCUACAGGCAGCUUUCAUUUACUUAGACGGAUACCGCCACGCAGCAGCAGCACCCCAAGGCUUUUUGGCGUCUGCUGCUGGGCGAGGCGCGUGGGCUGCGCUGCAGCGGCACUUCCCGGUGCAGCAGGAGCAGCAGCAGCUGCUGCAGGCUGCUGCUGCGGCGCUGCUGAAGGCCCUCCCUUCCUUUCUCCACGGGUUGCUGCUCGUGCUGCAGCAGCGGCAGCAGCAAAUCCUGCUGCAUGGGUGCGCCUAUGCAAGCAGCCAUGGCUCGUCACGGCAGGCAUUCCGGCGGCACCUACAGCAGCAGCAGCAGCAACAGCAGCAGGAGUGGGACGCUGCUGCAGCAGGAGUGUGUAGCAGCUCUUUGAGUCCUGAGGAGCAGAUGCAGCUGGUGUUAGACGCCGUGGAGUUGUGUGGCUCGCAGCCUCUGUCUCGGCAGCAGCAGCAGAAGCUGCGCUGCUGCAGUGCAUGCAUCCGGUGGAUGCUGGAAGCGUUUCAUCUGCCAUCAGCAGCUGAAGAGAGGCGCACUGCAGACAAGGGCAUGGAGGAGCAGCAGGAGCAGUUGCUGCUGCAGCAGCUUGCGGGGCUUUUGCAACAACCAACCAGCAGCACGGACGCGGAGAGACGGUGCUGGGCUUCAAUACAAACUGCCCUUGUAGAGUCUAGAGAGCAGCAGUGCUGCUGA